AGGUGUUUUGAUGCCAGGACUCCUCUCUCCGGUUGCCAUCCGCGAAGCGUUCCGCGAGCCGUGGAGAGGACGCAGUUGUGCAGCCGUGCGUCGCGCCGGCGAGGCGGACUCCACCAUCACCGAUACGGGCAGCCCCACUGUACAUAGACAAGCAGCCCCACUGUACAUAGACAGGCUGCGGAAGAUGCUCGCGACGCCGCGGGUCCGCAAGACCGACGUCGACAGCAUCGUCUUCGAGGCCGAGUCGCGGCGCCAGGAGGCCGCGGCGCCCGCGGCCACGAAGCUCGGCACGGUCAAGGGCGUCUUCGUGCCGACGCUCCAGAACAUCAUGGGCAUCAUCCUGUUCGUGCGCGUGCCGUUCAUCGUCGGGCAGGCGGGCAUUUUGGAAGGACUGGGUAUCAUCUGGCUGUCGUGCGCCACGGCGUUGCUGACGGCGGUGUCCAUGUCCGCGGUCGCGACGAACGGCCGGCCCCGGUCCGGGGGCUGCUACGCCAUGGUCAAGAACUCGCUCGGCGCGCAGUUCGGCGGCGUGACGGGUGCCUUGCUCUUCCUCAGCAACACCUUUGGCGUGGCCAUGUACGUCCUCGGCUGCGUCGAGGUGCUGCAGCUGAGCUUCCCGGCGACGUUCGGGGACCUGCCGAUGCGCGUGUUGGGUGCUAUUAUAUUAACGGGCCUGGCGGUCAUCGUCUUCGUGGGCGUCGAGUACGUCGCGCGCUUUGCCGUGUUGUUCCUGUUUGGAGUGUUAUUGGCUGUGGCCGCGAUCUGGGCUGGAGUAAUAGUGCAUAGCGUGGGCGACGGGAAGCCGCGCCAAGGUAUUGUGGGAGUGUCCGGAGAGAACAUGCGGAGAAACCUCAUGUCGGAGUACAAAGAAAAGGCGGGCGUCGAGUGGUCCUUCAAGGCGUGCCUGGCGUUGUUUUUUCCCGCGGUGACCGACCCCCUCGCGGGCUCCAAUUUGUCGGGCGAUUUGAAGGACCCGCAAGCGUCGAUCCCGCCGGGCACCAUCGCCGCGGUUAUUGUGACGACGAUCGUGUUCUCGAUCCAAGUCGUGGUCGUGGCGGGCGGCGCCGUGCGAAGAGAUGCGUUGAUCGAGUUCCCUCUGGACGACUUCCCGCGCGUGCCGCGCUUCGUGGUGAAAGAUCUGGCCUGGCCGCACGAGAUGAUUGUGGUGGUCGGCGUCUUGCUCUCGACGUUAGGCGCGGGCCUCCAGUCCUUAGCCGGAGCGCCUCGCUUACUGGCAGCGCUGGGCAAGGACGACCUCGUACCUAUCCUGAGGCACUUCGCGCCCUCGGAUGGCGCAGAACCGCGCAAGGCCAUAUUGUUUUGCGCCUCUUUAUCGAUGUGUCUCGUCAUGGUCGGGGACCUGAAUGCGGUAGCGCCGUUCAUCACGCUCUGGUUCCUGACGUGCUACGCGAUCAUAAACAUCGCCUGCGCCUAUCUGGGAUACGAGAAACAUCCCAGCUUCCGGCCGACGUACCGCCUCUUCAAGUGGCAGGUGUCGUUGGUGGGCUGCUGCGUGUGUUUCUUCAUCAUGUUUUAUACGCAGCCUCUCUCAGCGUUGGGCGCGUUAGCUGCGGCCGGCUUAUUAUAUAAAUAUAUAGAAACGCAGCCCGGAGCGUCAGCCCAUACAGCACAUGGGGAGUCCGAGCUCCCCAUCUUCGAGCGCGAGCCCGAGAGCCCGAGCAACACGGAUAAAGGGUCCGACUCGGAGACGGAGACGAUGUGCGUGUCGCCGGCGCACCGGACGGGGCCGUCGGACUGGCGUUCAGGAUCAAGGUUCAAGACGGCGCGGACGGCGAUGUUGGCAUUGGAGGAGGGCGACCUCCAGUUCAAGUACUGGCGGCCCUUCGUUUUAUUUUUAUGCGCCAUCGAUGGCGAUGCGAAUUACGUGCGGCAGCGGGGCAUGUUGGACGCGUUGGCGCAGCUCGUGCGGCGGGGCAAAGGUUUAGCUUUGGUGAAUGGAGUGGUCGUCGACGAGGUCGCGGAACCUUCCCUAAGGAAGGCGCGGAAGGCGCGGCGGCGGCUCCGUGCUUUAUUACGAGAUCGGGGCGUCCAGGGCUUCGCGGACGUGGUGGUCGCGCCGUCGCACGAAGAAGGGCGCAAACUCCUCCUCCAAGCGAAGGGCCUCGGGUAUUUCCGGCCGAACACCGUGGCGCUGGGCUGGCCCACGGAUAAUAAUAAGAGGGACGCCCGAGGUUUCCUGCGGACCAUGGACGACACGACGGCGAUGCUGAAGACCUUGCUCGUCUUCGCGGGGGAUCGCGAUUUCCCCGGCGCCAAGGACCCACCUUUAAGAGGCAGAGUCGACGUGUGGAUGGUUUUUGAUUUGUUCCCCGCGGCGGGGUUAUUGCUACUGAUCCCGUUCUUGCUGUUACGGGACGACAAGUGGAAGCACUGCGAGCUGCGGCUCAUCAUCGUGUCGCCGCGGACGGACGCGGGGAAGGAGGACGACGGGAAGCUGGAGGAGGCCGUCAAGUCCAUGCUCAAGGCGGGCGGCGUGCUGGCGAAGGUGCUCGUGCUGCGCCUGGGCGAGGAAGACGCCCCGCGCUUCGCCCGGGACGAUUCCCUACUAACACCUACGAGGCAGCCGUCCGUGCGGACGCGCGCAAAGCUCACGCGCGGGUCCUCGUUAACUGCGGAAGAAGAAUUUAUUUUGAGCGAGGAGUUUUCCAGCCAGCCACUGCCCCCGGAGCCGCCCACGCCGGUCUCGCCGCCGUCGCCCAUGCGGCGCAUCGACUCGACGGGCAAGACGAAGCUCACGGUGCUGCUGAAGGAGCACUCGGGGUCGAGCGAACUCGUGCUGAUCCGCCUCCCCCCACAGAAACGCGAGCAGCCUCCCCAAGAAUGGAUGGUCUCCGUGGAUCGCCUGAUCGAGGGCCUGCGGCGCGUCAUUCUGAUUCGCGAGUCGGGGGCGGAGAAGGUGCAGUUCUUCCAGUAGUGUAAGUGUGCAUAGACAACCUUU